AUGGAUUCCGUUGACGCUGCUGCCGCUGUUGCUACUUCCCCGAGCAAGCACGAAUCCAAGGCUGAGGAAUUGAAACGGAAGUCCAAAGGUGACGCCACCGAAAUUGAAGCGCCCGAAAAGAAUGGGAAAGAGGAGCCCGUUGUAAAGAAAGCCAAAUUGACGGAAUCAGUUGAGAAGGAAGUGGCUGAAGCUGAAAGUAAGGACGUCGUUAUAUCCUCACCGACAACUGUUCCAGCCAAGGCUGAUGAAUCCGGUGACAAGGAAGCAGAAGUCGAGGCUGAAAAAAAUGGUGAUGAAGCUGCUGCUGAUGGCGAAGAGGAUAAUGGGGAGCACGAGUCCGAAGAAGAGGAAGACGACGGGGCUGGAGUAAACGGGAGUAAUGGUGAUAAAGAAGAUUCGCCAAAAGAAGAAACAACAGAAGCGGAUGCAGCCGAGGAAUCCAAAGAAUGA